AUGUCAGGUGGUGCGAGCUUCAUGAGCAAGGUGCGGUCUGCCUUUAGGAAGGAGCCAGAGAACUGGGACCUGAGCGACACCGCACCCUUUGACCUCUCCGGUGACGAACUCGUGGAGGAUGAAGCGCCCAAAUUCAACAAACUCAAAGUGGUGGUUUCCGGUGAGAUGGAGGACUACGCAGCCGGGGCAUCGUCGAACGGCGUCGCGGUGAACACAGUGGUGGUGGACGAUGACGACUCGCUGCUCGACUCGUCCUCAGGGAGCUUGGGGAGCCCCAGUGUCAACAUGGACCGGUUGCAGUGUGAGAGCUGCACGAGGAAGAGAGAGGGGGUUAAACGGAGGAGAGUGAUGAAGAAGUUGGUGUGCGCCUCUGUGUUGUAUUUCCUCUUCAUGAUUGGAGAACUGAUAGGUGAGCAGACAAGACACACACUACACUAGUCUGUUGCAGUACUGACUACAGACUCUCAUUAUACACUGCUAGUACUGUGAUGUUAAAGCUGUGGCCUUCAAGUUCCAAUCAAAUCAAUUUAGUAUGAUGUUUGGAGCAUUGACUUCCAAGUUCCAAUCUGAAGUAGCCUGAGUAGACCUACUCACUAUCGCUGGUCCUGGAGAGGUACUGAGUGUGCACUGCAAGCCCAGCACUAGAGCACACCUGAUCUCACUAACCAACUAAUCAUCAACACCUUUUAUUAGGUGAAUUAAGAGUGUUGGUGAUGGGCUGGAACUAAAGUCUGCACAGUGCACUCCCUGUAGCUCUCCAGGACCAGGGCUGGGGACAGCUGUAGACUGUACUCAGUAGUUGCUUUUCAGAUCCUAAAUCUCCCACAUCAACAUUGUGAUUGGAUCUGUAAUCUUAGUCGGUCAUACCUGUCCCACCUCAUACCUGGCCCCAGGUGAAGAGUUGAGGAAUGUUCAACACAUGGUGGUAUUAGCAUACAUGUACCUGUACAAUCACCUGCUGGCGUAACAAUACACACAUAUACCUGUGAUGAGAAACGUAAUGUGUGCUUGAUCAUGUUCUGAGAAAUACCAGUAUUGAUUUAACUAACAGCUAGCUCUGUAUCUGUGUGUCUGUAGGUGGAAAUGUAGCUAACAGCUAUCUGUGUAGGUUAUAAUGUAGGUCAGGGAUAGGCAACUUUGAUGGGGGUGGGGGCCACAAAAUCUGAAGUCAUCAUGAGAGGCCGCAGUGGCUCGCGGGUCUGCGUACCAACAUCCAUCCAUACCCACACAUGCAGUCGGAGCCGGCCCUAGCCUUUUGGGGGCCCUAAGUUAAAUUCUGUUGGUGAUAUUCUAUUACGAUCACGUAUUUAAUGUCUAUCUGUGUGUCUCUAGGUGGUUAUGUAGCUAACAGUCUGGCCAUAAUGACUGAUGCUCUCCACAUGUUAACUGACCUGAUUGGGAUAGUGGUAUCUCUACUGGCGUUGUGGCUGUCUGCUAAACCACCCACCAACAGAUUCACCUUCGGACUGCAUCGCCUGGGUACGUUACUGUUACUGCUCUCCUCUUGUUCCAGAAAGAUCCACUUUCUAGAUCUGUCAUAUUUUGGAGAUGGAAAGUGUGAGGUCAGCAGUGUUCUGAUCCUGUAUCUCACGUUUCUCUCCUCAGACUGUGUAAGGAAAGUGACCUUGUGAUUGAAAAGCUCAGAGAGGUUUCUGCUGUUUUAGAGCCUCCUGUUUAAUAGAUGCAGACAGUAAACUGUUACCAUAUUACAUUCAGCUGUCCAGUAUAAACGUUUGGGUACAUUAUUUGCUAUAGUCUAAUCUGUCUCUCUCCCCCCCCCCCCCAUAGAGGUGGUCUCAGCCGGUAUCAGUGUGUUACUCAUUUACAUCCUAACGGGGGUGUUGUUGAACGAGGCGGUGCAGAGAACUGUCAGUCAGGACUUUGAUAUCAACGGAGAUGCCAUGCUCAUCACUGCAGCUGUGGGGGUCGCUGUCAACCUAGUGUGAGUAGCUGAGUACACACAACUGCAUGCACACACAGACGGAGAGAGCAGUCAUUUUGCACCCGACAGUGGGGAGGUGAGGAGGGAGGGAUUCCUGAUUCCAGUUAGAGUGAAUGAAUGAUAAAGCUUUAUGACAUGUAUGAUGAUAUGUCAUAAACUACUGCAGUCCAAAGGUCCACUCCUCUCCACUUCGCACUACAAAAUGACUUUGCAAUUGUGUGACUCAGUUGGUUAGAGCCUGGCGUGUAGUGUUGUUGUUGAUGAUAAGUGGCGUGUGUAGAGUGUUGUUGAUAAGCGUGGCGUGUGGAAAAUGUGUUGAUAAGCGUGGCGUGUGGAAAAUGUGUUGAUAAGCGUGGUGUAACGGUUUUGACUUGAGGUAUUUAUAGGGGUGCCAGGUAGGUUGUGCCUACCAGAGAAAGCAUGGGUUUCUCCUUUUAGUUCGGGAGGGAAUGAGUCCCCUCUGGUCCGUCAAGUCACACCAAUACAAAGGACUUAGGUAAAAGUCAAGAUGGAAAUAUACUUUUCAUAAACCCCUUAAAACCUUGGAAAGAACUUCAAACAAGUGUAUUCUUUUGCUUGGUUGUAUUCACAACAUAAAUGAUCACCCCCACCCACACACAACAAUAUAACAAAUCAAUGCACUUAUCUUCAUUUAGAAAUGUCCUGUACCUCGGGCAUAAAAAGAGUCCAGCCCGGUAAAUAAGUUCCGUGGCUCAAGUGCCCUUAGUCCCGCAACGCUUGUCCGUAGCAUAAACCCAGUAUAUUCAUACACUCAAAAUAACACUUAUUUUGUAACACAACUAUAAAGCGUAUCAAAGACUACCCAAAGAAUAAUACGUCCUCACAACUACAUAAAUCACAGUAUACAUCACCCCAAACAAAUGAAAUACCGUAUACAAAAAGUUGUAGUCAGUCGGUCAGUCAGACAAUCCGUCAACAGCCCUCCAGCGGAGGAAAGGCCACGAAAACCAACGGAGAGUUGUAAUCCACAGACGCACAGAGUGGAUCCAAUCCUGGGUAAGCUCGCUUUAAGGCCACAAAACACACUGUAAGGCCACAAAACAACGUAAUGGCGAAGCUUCAUGAACUGAAGGUAGUACACAUCCUCAUUCAGGUCUCAAUCACCACUUUCCUUUUGCGCAGCUGAUGCUGGCUAUUUAAUGGGGAAUUAAAGGGGAAGCGCCCUAUUAGAAGGAGAAGCCUUGAGACGGUUCAGAAAUAUUCAGGGCCGUCACACACCCCCUCCCCUGGAAAAAGCCGACCAUUGCCCGGGAAGGCAGAUCUUGGUCGGGGAAACCGAGAAAGGUCUCCUCAUCACUUUCCUCUACAAAAAUAUUCAUUACUUUUUGGCGCUCACGCUCCUCAGCUGAGGGGUCACAGGCAUUAAGCCGUGAGACUUCUGGGUCUGGGAAUCCGAGAAAAGUCUCCUUACUUUCCUCUUCAAAGAUCUCCAGGACCUUGCGGCGCUCAAUCUCCUCCAAUUCCUCAGCCGAGGGGUAACAGGCCUUAAGGCGUGAGACAUGGACAACGCGCAUAUCUUCACCUGUGUCCUCUUUCACCACUCGGUAGUUCAAAGGGCCCACCUGCUCCACAAUCCUAUAUGGUCCUUGCCAUUUAGGAGCGAGCUUGGCCGAGAAGAAUUGUUCAGCUUUCGAGUAAGGAUGAGAGCGAAGCCACACCCGAUCACGAAGCUGGAACUGCUGGUCUCGUCUGUUCUUAUCAUAAUUUUUCUUCUGCUUGAGUCGAGCCUGGAUCAUGUUCCUUGAGACAAGAGCUCUCAAGUCGUGGAGAUGGACUACCUGGUCAUAGCAAGCCGCGUCUGGAGUAAGCUGCUGGGGCUGUAGCACCAUAUCCAAGGGUCCUCGGAGGAGACGACUUAGGUUCAGCUCUGCAGGUGUGACUCCAGUGGACUCUUGCACAGCAGAAUUCAGGGCAAAUCGAAACUCGUGAAGGUGCUUGUCCCAGUGUUUGUGCUGGGUCCCUACAUAGGAAGCAACCAUGGUCUUCAAGGUUCGAUUUACUCUCUCAGUGAGGUUGGUCUGUGGGUGAUAGGCUGUGGUCAACUUCUGUCUCAGGUUCCAUCUUUGGCAGGUCUCUCCAAAGAGAUCAGAGACAAAUUGGGAACCUCGAUCAGACAGAAUGUAAUCAGGCACUCCCCAGCGAGUCAGGAUCUCUCUCGUAAGGAUGUUAGAGACGGUCCUCGCUGUGGCCUGACGCAGGGCAAAGAGCUCAACCCACUUGGAAUAGUAAUCAACAAAAACAAGCAUGUACACAUUCUGAUUGGAGCUUCUAGGAAAUGGACCCAUCAAAUCCACUCCUAACAUUUCCCAAGGUCGGGUAACCACAGUUUGCUGCAACUUGCCAGCAGGUUUUCUACCUUCCGGUUUGUACAUUUGACAAACCUGACAUUUUCGGAUAUGUGAUUUCACAUCCAUGCUCAGAUGUGGCCAGUACAGUAAUGCUUGCAAACGUUUGUAGGUUUUGAACCUGCCCAAAUGACCAGCUAAUGGGUCUUCAUGGAAAUGUUGAAGCAGUUGAAGGCGUAGAGUUUCAGGUAUGUACAUUUGGUAGAGUGUUCUGUGAGGUAGUUGUACAACUCGGUAGACUUUGUCUUCAAUGAUGGUCAGCUUUGUGGUAGGGUUGACCAUCUUUUCUUCAUCUUCCAGGAUAGUCUGGUACAAAGCCUGUACUUCGGGAUCGUCCUGUUGGGCUUUCCAAAUGACCUCAUCAGAGAUGGGCAAGUCAGUUUUGGGUGAGUCUCGACUGCUAGACAGGACAGUAGCACAUGUAAGAUGAGGGCCACCAUUACCACAAGCAGGAGCUCUGGAUAAGGCAUCUGGAACAGUGUUGUAUUUUCCUUUCCUGUAUUCUACGGCAAAGGUGAACUCUUGCAACCGUAGAGCCCAUCUGAUGAGCCUGGUGCUUGGUUUGUUGGUCUUGAACACCCACACAAGGGAGGAAUGGUCAGUGACCACAGUGAAGUGUCUUCCCUCCAGGUAGUACCUCCACUUUUCCAAAGCCCAGACAACUGCAAGGCACUCUUGCUCGGUUGUGGAGUAGUUCCGUUCUGCUCCAUUCAAUGUCCGACUGGCGAACGCUAGCACUUCUUCAGUACCAAGUCCAGUCUGUUGGACUAGGACAGCACCAAGUCCAACAUCACUUGCAUCAGUGUAAACAACAAAAGGGAAAUCAAAGUUGGGAUGACCCAAAAUGGGAGGGGUGACGAGGUGUCGUUUCAGGGUUUCAAAGGAGUUCUGGCACUCUGCCGUCCAUCGGAAUUUCGCUCCUUUUCGCUUCAACCCGUUGAGGGGUUCUGCCACCUGGGAGAAGUUCCACACAAACCGAUGGUACCAUCCAGCCAUCCCAAGGAACCGUUGAAGGGCCUUGAGUGUGGUUGGCACAGGGAAGUCUUGUACAGCCUUGGUCUUUUCAGGAUCCACAUGAAUACCAUCACAAGACACAAUAUGGCCAAGGAACUUCAGGGAGGUUUGGCAGAAGUUGCUCUUCUUCAUGUUCACUGUCAGACCAGCUUCUCUUAGCUUGUCCAACACUGCUUGAAGGUCUUGAAAGUGUUGCUCUCUGUUCUGGGAGUAGAUAAUUAUAUCGUCCAGGUAGACGAAACAUAUCUUCCCUUUGAGCCCACCUAACGCAAUCUCCAUGAGUCUUUGGAAAGUGGCAGGUGCAUUCUUUAAUCCAAAAGGCAUCACCUUAAAGGAAAACAAGCCCUCAGCACAGACAAAAGCAGUCUUGUCCUUGCUUUCCUGGUCCAUCUCAACCUGCCAAUAGCCACUAUUGAGGUCAAGGGUAGUGAACACAACCGCGCCAGACAAUGACUCCAGGAUCUCGUGGAUGGUGGGAAGAGGAUAGGCAUCAGUCUGGGAAACAUUGUUGGUCUUCCUAUAGUCCACACAAAAUCUAAGACCACCGGUCUUUUUUGGAAUGAGGACAACAGGAGCAGCCCAGGGAGAGGAGGAACGUUCUAUUAUAUCUUGUGUCAACAUAUCAUUAAUGAGUCCCUUUUGGAUGAUUAGCUUCGCUGGGGACAAACGAUAUGGCUUUUGCUUGAUCGGCAUUUCCUGUGUAAGGAAUAUUUUGUGCUUCAGGAGUCCGGUGCGUCCUAACUUUGAAGUACACACAUCGGCAUUAUUCUGCAACUGUUCCAACAGCCUUAACUCCUCUGGCUGUUCCAGCUGAGCUCUUCUUACAGCCUGUAAAAGGAGAUCCUCAGAAGGAUUAUCCAGUGUUAGUGGUACCGUAGCAACGGCAGAGAAGACUGCCACAUUUAGACCCCAAUCAUGUAACUUUGUAACUUCUGAUUGGAAGAAAUGCUUCUUGCUCGGAUUGUUUGGAAACCAGUAGCAAUUGUGUGCGAUAUCAAUCUGGACACCACUGAAGUACAUGAAAUCAAUUCCCAACACGACAGGAAAAGCAAGGUUCUUGGUUUGCAGGAUAACCGAAGGAAUCAUAUAGGAGCGGUUACACAGGCGGAACUCCACCUCACUCCAUCCAAGUGGUCGUUUAGCCUCACCGUCAGCCAGAUACAGUGGACCUUCUGUCCACGGCUUCAAAUUGUAUUUUGGACCUUCAACCUCCUUCCACAGUUUCUCAUUGAGCAGUGUGUAGGAUGACCCGGUGUCCAGGAUGGCUCUUCCUGUCCAUGGGCCUAUGGACAGGGGUAACACCAGCUGGUGUGGUAUUAACUGAAAGGAAGGGGAUGUCGGCGGGGGGGCGUAGGCAGUGACUCUUGAGGUUUCAGCUCUGGUCAAAGCACCCAGAGUAGGAUGGUCGUUCCUGCGAAGUGUGUUAGGGGUGUUGGCCUGUUGUGAUUUGUAGUUUCUGGAAGGGUUUACUGGAUACGGUCUUGGACAUGUAGCUGAAGAAUGUCCCUUUUGGCUACAUCUCCAACAGAACAUGGGAGGGGUCUUGGCUGGAGACUCUGGCUGUGGUUGAUGAUCUGGCUUGGGUAACUGUCUGGGUGUCUGUUUCUUUCUCUGUUCAUAUUGCUGUUGGCAUUCUCUGUCCUUCUCGAACUGCUGUCCCAGGCGAACCAGUCCAUCGACAGUGGUGACUCUUUCUCUGAGUUGACUGGCUAGUAGUGGGUUGAUGUUCUUCAAGAUCAACUUAAUGACCUCUUCCUCCUCAAUGCCAGGUUUCCACCUUCUGCACAGGGAGUGGUAACCGUAUGCAAAGUCACGGAUAUUCUCAUUCUCCCUUUGCACUCGAUUCCUGACUCUGUCUGCCAGCUCAUCUGUGUAGUCCUCAGACAGAAAUGCAGAGGAAAACUUGGCCUCAAAGUCAGCCCAGGAGGUAGUGGUGAGACGUGCCACAUCCCACCAGUCUCGAGCUGUCCCAUGCAACACAUUCCUCAAUGUGGCAAGGAGUUCUUCGUCAGCCAGGGGAUUGAGGGCAAGAAAGUCAUGACAUCUUUCCAGAUACAUUAGCGGAUCAGGACUGUCAUCCUUUUUCCCAAAGGUGGGAAAUUGCAAUUUAAUGGGCAUCGCUCCCACAUGACGUCUACUCAAAUCACCAUGAACAAAAGAGCUAGGAGGGAUUGAGGAAGUAGAGGGUGAGGGAGUUAUGGGACCAUGAAAAUGAACACCAGGAUGCAUGGUGGAUUGCAUCCUGCAAGGGGUGGCUGCAGCAUGGCCUUGUCUUGGCUGUUCUGAGGUGCCCGCUUGGCCCUCAGUGGUCUGAACAGAAGUGGACACAAGAGAAGCUCUGUGCAAGGAGUUGUGCCUAAUGGAGGCCAUGUCAACAGACACAUCAUCCAACAUUUUAACACAAUUAGAGAGUGCUGUCUGCAAGUGGUCUACAGUGUUAACCAGGGGAGAAAAUACAGAAUUGACGUCCUUGAGGACCUCAGUGUGAUGAUGUUGCAGGCGCCACUGGAGAGUGGCAGUGAGUUGGCUUUGUUGGUAGUCAAACUGCCUGUCCAUGGCACCAGUAAUUUCCUGUCUUCCACUCUCACUGAGCUCUGUCAGAGUGUGAGUUAGAGUACUCAGUGAGUUUCUGAAUUCCAUGGCACUCUGUUGUUGCUCUACACUCAGACAUUUGAAUUUAUGAUGGAUUAGAGUUUGGAGAUGUUGUUGAGUCUUACGAAUAUCAAGGAUGUCACCUUGAAGUUGUAAGACUACAACCUCUGGAGAUAAACCAGACAAUGGAGUAAGAUUGGGCGUCAGAGGGAGGGCUAGCUCAGUACCUUCACACAGAUCCAUGUCAAUAAGUGAGUUACUAGUUAGACCUGUGGCCUGUGGUCCAGACUGAGCAUUUAGAUUCCCAGGGCUCUGGCCCACAUCAACUCCAUUAUUUCCAUUCACAUUAUGAUUUGUAUUGUUGGCUCGGUAGUCAGAAUGGCCCUGUGUAUUCCCAUUGACAGGUAGGCUAUGGAUGAGCACAUUUUCUUGUAGUGAAUCCAUUAUUUUAAUUCCACUCAAAAGAUUUGCUUUGGUUAGUUCUCAAUGUUGAGGUCCCAGCUGGGGUGCCAUUUUUUAUGUAACGGUUUUGACUUGAGGUAUUUAUAGGGGUGCCAGGUAGGUUGUGCCUACCAGAGAAAGCAUGGGUUUCUCCUUUUAGUUCGGGAGGGAAUGAGUCCCCUCUGGUCCGUCAAGUCACACCAAUACAAAGGACUUAGGUAAAAGUCAAGAUGGAAAUAUACUUUUCAUAAACCCCUUAAAACCUUGGAAAGAACUUCAAACAAGUGUAUUCUUUUGCUUGGUUGUAUUCACAACAUAAAUGAUCACCCCCACCCACACACAACAAUAUAACAAAUCAAUGCACUUAUCUUCAUUUAGAAAUGUCCUGUACCUCGGGCAUAAAAAGAGUCCAGCCCGGUAAAUAAGUUCCGUGGCUCAAGUGCCCUUAGUCCCGCAACGCUUGUCCGUAGCAUAAACCCAGUAUAUUCAUACACUCAAAAUAACACUUAUUUUGUAACACAACUAUAAAGCGUAUCAAAGACUACCCAAAGAAUAAUACGUCCUCACAACUACAUAAAUCACAGUAUACAUCACCCCAAACAAAUGAAAUACCGUAUACAAAAAGUUGUAGUCAGUCGGUCAGUCAGACAAUCCGUCAACAGCCCUCCAGCGGAGGAAAGGCCACGAAAACCAACGGAGAGUUGUAAUCCACAGACGCACAGAGUGGAUCCAAUCCUGGGUAAGCUCGCUUUAAGGCCACAAAACACACUGUAAGGCCACAAAACAACGUAAUGGCGAAGCUUCAUGAACUGAAGGUAGUACACAUCCUCAUUCAGGUCUCAAUCACCACUUUCCUUUUGCGCAGCUGAUGCUGGCUAUUUAAUGGGGAAUUAAAGGGGAAGCGCCCUAUUAGAAGGAGAAGCCUUGAGACGGUUCAGAAAUAUUCAGGGCCGUCACAGUGGCGUGUGUAGAGUGUUGUUGAUGAUGGUAAGUGGCGUGUGUAGAGUGUUGUUGAUGAGCGUGGCGUGUGUAAAUUGUGUUGAUGAGCGGGGCGUGUGUUGAUGAGCGUGGCGUGUGUAGAGUGUUGUUGAUGAGCGGGGCGUGUGUUGAUGAGCGUGGCGUGUGUAGAGUGUUGUUGAUGGUAAGUGCCGUGUGUAAAUUGUGUUGAUGAGCGUGGUGUGUGUAAAGUGUGUUGAUGAGCGUGGCGUGUGUAAAGUGUGUUGAUGAGCGUGGUGUGUGUGUAGAGUGUUGUUGAUGAUGGUAAGUGGCGUGUGGAAAGUGUGUUGAUGAGUGUGGCGUGUGUAAAGUGUAGAUGAUUGAUAGUGUAGUGAGUGUAGCCUCAAUCAUCUAUAGUAAUGAUUAAACGUAGUAGUCCAAGAUUAAACGGCCACAAGAAGUUAAAAGCAAACUGACAAACCUCUCUCUUAUUUAUUUCUAUAGUAUGGGUUUCCUCCUGAACCAGACCGGUAACGGUCACCUCCACUCCCACGGGGGUCAUGGUCACUCCCACGGGGGUCCCCCUCCACCCUCACACGGCCAUGGCCACAGCCACGGUGGCGCCCCAGCCCAGGGGCAGCAGGGUCCCCAGGGCAGCCUGGCGGUCAGGGCAGCCUUCAUCCAUGCACUGGGAGACCUGGUCCAGAGUAUAGGGGUCCUCAUCGCUGCCUACAUCGUACGCUUCAAGGUAGGCUGGAACGUCAGACCUGGGAGCAGGAAGAGGGGUUAAAGAUCCAUUGAUUUUGUAACUGUUGUUUUAAUGUUGAAGGGAUGAAUGGGAUAGUUUAAGGGCUUUCUGGGUCGGGCCAGGGUCGUGUUCAUUAGCCCAUGCAACAGAAAACGUUUUAAAACAUUUUGCAAUGGAAAACUCAAUUUACCGUUUCUUAUUCGGGUUUCCCAAACUCGGUCCUGGGGCCCCCCCCCCACGGGAGCACGUUUUGGCUUUGUACCUACGGUCCUGGGGCCCCCCCCCCCCUGGGUGCACAUUUUGGUUUUUGCCCUAGCACUACACAACUGAUUCAAAUAAUCAAAGCUUGAUGGUGUUUAUUUGAAUCAGCUGUGUAGUGCUAGGGCAAAACACAAAACAUGCACCCAGGGGGAGCCCCAGGAUCGAGUUGGGGAAACCCUGCCUUAUUGGACGAGUCCACAUAGUUCCUUUCUGUUUGUCUGUUUCUUUCAGUUUGGUACCUAACAAACAUGACCCAGCUGAGUUAGAUUGACCUGAUAUCUAACCUUUGACCUUUGCCCCCCUAGCCAGAGUACAAGCUGGCGGACCCCAUCUGUACCUACAUCUUCUCUAUCCUGGUGCUGUUCACUACGAUACGCAUCAUACGAGACACGGGAGUCAUCGUCCUCGAGGGUGAGAGAACGGCUACAUGUAUUACAGUUCAUAUAUUAAUUAGCCUAUAUGUGUACUGUAUAUGAUUUAGAUCAGUGGUUCUCAAUCCUGGUCCUGGGGGCCUAAAGGGGUGCACAUGUUUGUUUUUGCCCCCUAGCACUCACACACUUGAUUCAACUAAUGAACUCAUCAAGCCUUUGAUUUGCCAGGGCAAAAGCAAAAAUGUGUACCCCUUUGGGUCCGCAGGACCAGGAAUAGGAACCACUGAUCUAGAUCAUACCAUAAUGUCCUGGAGGGACGGAGAUAAGCUACAUUAUCAUCAUACUUCUGCUCACCAGACAGAUCUACUGUGAGAGAGAGAGCUAAAACACAGUUUCAAUUGCUUAAUCUGGAGCUGUAAAAACGUCCCAUAGUGUUUAAAUAAUAGUAGAUUGUUCUCAUGCUAUGAAUGGGACAAGUCUUUCGCUAGCAACGUACUGGACAUGGCAACAAGACUGGCUAGAGAGACGAGCAAAACAAUGUUAACGUUCUGAGUUUCAUGAAACUUAGUGUGUUUUACUCAGUGGUGUAAAGUAUUUAAGUAAAGAUUCUUUAAAAUACUACUUAAGUUGUUUUUUCAGGUAUUUGUACCUUACUUUACUAUUUAUAUUUUUGACUACGGUACUCAAGUAGACGUGUACUGGGUGACUUUUACUUGUACUUGAGUCAUUUUCUAUUAAGGUACAUUUACUUUCACUCAAGUAUGACAAUUGGGUACUUUUUCUACUGUUAGGGGCACCCAGGCAUGUGGACGUUCAGCGAAUCAGAGAAGACCUUCUGAAGUUGGAGGACGUCCAAUCAGUGGACGAGCUCAACGUGUGGGCGUUAACCGGCGACAAGACCACCGCCCUCGCACACCUGCAGCUUUGUGAGUGACCUUUGACAUUCCUCUCCUUUGUUAGUUGUACACAUGGUAUGUGGAGUGCAUUCUGUUGAUAGGUUUAGGAACACUACACUCUGGUUGUAUCUCAAUUAGUCUUUCUGUGAUUCUUCACAUCCUAUGUCCUCGAACCCUUCUCAGCUGUAUUGGAGAUGUUCUAAGGUCCUUCCCCCUCGGACCUAAUUCUCCAAUGAAUUUUAACAAGGUGUCGAGAGAGGAUGUGAGGAAUCGAGGAAAGAUAAAUGAAGAAAGAGCCACUGUCCUAACCCGAUUUCUGUUUGUAUUGUGCUUCUAGCGCCCUCUAGUGCCAGUGCGUGGGAGGACGUGCAGGCCAAGGCCAGACACCUGUUGAUACACACCUACGGCCUGACCAGGUGCACUGUGCAGGUCCAGACACACAGAAACAGGGCUACACACACCUGCACACGCUGCCGAGAGUCCACCGCAUAG